UUCUGUACCGGGGUACCGGAGCUGGGAGAUUUUGAUCAGCGUGCCGUUUAAUGGGCUUGUGGUGCGGCUUGCUGGUAUGGGGUUCGUUUUUGGUGUUUCGUUACUAUGGCAGAUAGUAAAGUACCUUUCUUUAGUUUGAGGGGGAUGAGGAGAUGGUCUGUGGUAGCUUUUUAUGGUUUGCUGUGGCGUGGAUUAGGACUAUGCUUCCUGUGCUCUAUCAGCUUGGUCUCGUUUCUGGUGGGUUGGGGUGUUCUCGGGCUUGGAGCUUGUAUUCCUGGUUCUGGGCUUGUGGUGAGCUGGAGUUCUUGCUAGGAUUUACUGUGAGGGCUGUAAUGUGCUUUAGAGAUGGACUAAGGAUCAUGUGUUUGAACGCUUUGCGCUGGUUCUCAUUGUGUACAGUGGAUGAGGGUACUGUUACUCAGAGCUAGGGGAUAUGUACCUAGACAUGCUGGAUCUGGGUAGAUAGGGUGUGUCUUGCUGGCGGUUAUAUUGUAGUGCGCUCGACUGUUACCACUGUAUGUUAUGUGUGAAGAUGGG